AUGUCCAGCUCAUGGACCUCAUCAAAACCUUCUGGCUCGGUGAUGAUCGCCGGCUCAUCAUUCAGGGAGGAGCAUGCUUUGGCCAAGUCAACCAGAUUCUUCAUGACCAACAGGUCGGACAACAACAGCAGCACCAACACGUCGGCACCAGUCGAUGUCAGUGUCGCCACUGCCGCCACGGUCGAGACGACAUCGACAUCAACAUCAACUACAUCAACGACAACAACAACAACAGAAUCAUCAUCAUCUGAUCAAACGACACCAACCAAGCAACAACAAUUUAUAGCCAAGAGGAAGGUACUCAAAUCAUUCAUUUACAACAAGUUGGACUAUGACCAUUGCGACUCGAGAUAUGACGACGACUCGGACGAAGCCGAGAUACCAUUUGGCCAAACAUCAUGGGAUACCAACGUCAUUGUUCUGCUGCCAUGUCGGCAUCAUCUCAAGGUGCCCGGCUCGGCACACUCCACGAUCGAAUCAAUCCGACACCUGGCCUACGCCAGCGCCAAGAUGCAAGGACAUCGCAUCACCACCGACCUGGACUCUUACAUAUUUCACUGGAACAACAUUGAGAUCAUCUUUGACAAGGACAUUCCGAUACGCGACCUCGUCCAAUACUCGCCGACGCGCGUCAUCAAUCUUCACUUGGAGCUGGUCGAGAAGGACAACUUGUGCAAGGAGCGAUUGAUUGACGUACAGUCCAGCGAGAUCAAUGGCGGCCACGCCUACUGGAAGACACACAUCGAGGAGAUCAUGGGCUUCAACAACAAGAUCAAGAGACUGGCGAGCAUUGCGUGUGACCCGCAACCGAUCGAGAAUGCACGCCUCACCCCCUACCCGCCGCCACCAACCAUCCCCGAGUUCUUUGUGAUCAAGGUGCACUUUAGGAAUCAGACCAAGUCGCUGCGAUGCACCAGGAAUCACACGGCCGAGACACUGAUGGAGAUCGUGUCGGAGAAGGUCAAGAAGACAUUCGCGUUCGAUCCGACCAAGUGGCGCUUCCUACUCACAGGCAUCCAUCAGUAUAUCGCGCCCAAAGUACCGCUGCUCUCGGUCGACUAUGUGGUCGAGCGCAUCAAGCGCUCGGGAGAGAUUGAGUUGACCAUGGUGGAGAUGUCAUCGAUUGGUCUCGAGCAAGACAUUCCAAGUUUGAACUUGAACAGCAGCAUCAGCACAGGACGUAGAAGUGCCGGACUCAACAACAAGGCAUCACCAAUCAUCGAUAUAAUAUUCGCACGACCGAGCGCCGUGCCCAGCAAGGCCAGGAAGAUCACAAAUGUUGGCACAUCUAGCAUGUCACCCGACCAAUCGCCAGUGGUCUCGGCAUUGAUCGCCGACAACUUGAUACUGAGCGACAUUGAUCAGAGCACGACGGCCUCGGCCUUGGACGUCAAGGAGCAUUUCAAGGUCAGAAUACUUCAUGCGCACGACAUUGACUCCUCGCUGCCGCGCCAAUGCUUUGGCACGGAUCCCAGCAACAUUGUCGUGUACAUGGAGGUUGGAAUAUACUUUGGCGGUGAGCUGCUUGGCCCAAUGGCAACAAGCUCCUCGGUGGCCUUCCAGGACACGGUCGUGUGGAACGAUUGGCUCACCAUUCCCAUCCCCAUCUCCAUGAUACCCAAGGGCGCAAGGAUAUGCUUCUCGCUCAACGCCAAGUACAAGGACCAACACAUGCAUCUGGGUUGGGUCGGCCAUCGACUCUACGACUCGAUCAACAUCUUCAACACGUCUACACCCUACUCCAUGCUGCUCUGGCAUGGCAAGGUCAACCCGAUUGGCACAUGCGUCGACAACCUUCAGUCCAAGUACCAGGCCGUCAUCAUUGCCUUUGAAUUCUAUGACUAUGUGUCGCCGCUCAACAUACACUAUCCCAAUCUUCUCACACUGGAACCAACCGACACGAGUGCUUUAGUGACGGUCACGCCCGAUCAAGAGGAGCGAAUCAACGUCAUCAACAAACAGGACCCAUUGUAUCAGCUGUGCGAAGAGGAAAGGGUCCUGCUGUGGAACAGCCGGUACUAUUGCCAGACCGUGCCCAACACCCUCCCCAAGCUGUUGCAAUCACUACAGUGGACCAACCCAUCGCACGUUGCCGAGAUCUUCCGCCUUUUGCGCAACUGGCCACUCAUGUCGCCCGUCGACGCUCUCGAGCUGCUCGACCCCAAGUUUGCCGACUGCGUCGAGAUUAGAGAGUACGUGGUCAAAUGUCUGGACGCCAUCACUGACUAUGAGCUCGACCUCUACAUGCUCCAGCUGGUGCAGGCACUCAAGCACGACGUCUUCCACGGAUCUGUGCUCAGUCUGUUCCUCCUGGGACGUGUGUUCCAGAACACUGCCGUGUUGGCGCACUCAUUCUUUUGGCAUCUCAAGGCCGACAGCGACAACCCAGAGGUGUGUGAGCGAUUCCGUCUAUUGAUCUCGUCGCUCCUGCGAUACAAGCCACACUUGUCCGAGACGUUCAAGCAGCAGAUCCAGGCACUCAAAGUGUUUGAGCAUCUGGCCAAGCAGGUAAAGGACAUCCCCUACGAGAAGAGACGUAACUUUAUCGAGGAGUAUCUCAAGGAGGACAGGCCGGCCAUCAACAACCUCUGUCUGCCAUUCGACCCGAGUAUUCGCGUCACAGAUGUCAUUCCAGACAAGUGCAAGGCAAUGGAUUCGGCAAAGGUGCCCCUGUGGAUAUCGUACAAGAAUGCCGACAGCUUUGCUCAUUCAUUCCAGAUGAUUGUCAAGACUGGAGAUGAUCUCAGACAGGACAUUCUUACACUGCAGCUACUCAAACUCAUGGAUCACAUGUGGAAGUCUGAAGGACUUGAUCUUCACAUGACCAUCUAUCGAUGUAUCGCCACAGGACUUGGUUCAGGAUUGAUCGAAGUAGUCAACAAUGCAGAGACUGCUGCUCGUAUCCAAGCCAGCGCAGGUGGAAUGACUGGUGUAUUCAAACAAACACCAAUAGCUAAUUGGUUAAAGAAUCAUAACUUGACAGAGAAUAACUAUCAGAAGGCUGUUACAAAGUUCACUUUGUCUUGUGCUGGAUACUGUGUGGCAACAUAUGUUCUGGGCAUUGGAGACAGACACAAUGAUAAUAUAAUGGUCGAUAAGUUUGGCCAUCUGUUCCACAUUGACUUUGGACACUUCCUUGGCAACUUCAAGACAUUUGCAGGCUUCCAGCGAGAGAAGGCGCCUUUUGUCCUCACGCCCGACUUUGUCUACGUCAUUGGCAACAAGGACUCGCCCAACUUUGACUUCUUUGUACAGACCUGCUGCAAAGCCUACAACAUCCUGAGAAGGAAGGCCAAUAUCUUUUUCAACAUGUUUGAGCUGAUGCUCUCCACUGGCAUCCCAGAGCUACGAAGCGAGAGCGAUAUAUUGUACUUGCGAGACAAGUUUAGAUUGGACCUUAGCGACCAGGAGGCAUCAGAUCGAUUCACCAAGCUCAUUCACGAGAGUAUCAACACAUUGACAACACAGAUCAACUUUGCCAUUCAUAUUAUGGCUCAUCGAAAGGCGAUUGGCGAUGACAGGAAGUCAGAUACCAAUGCUCGAUAA